CUAAAUUGAACUUGUGUAAUUACAGUUUUCAAGCCUUAUUGCAGAUGAGUUUGGUCGUGUGAACAGUUUGUAUAAGUGGCUUUGGUUUUAAGAUCUUACUCUUCUGCAAAAAGAAUUUAGAGCAAUUUGGAAUGAUCUGUAAGGUGGUUGUAUUUUCUUAUUUUAAAGCUCAUAGGACAUUGAAAAAUCUUCCAACAAACUGGCAUUAAUUCAUUUGGAAACAUUUCCAUGGCCUUUUGGUGAAUGAUUAAUGUAAAAAUAAGAUACAAUUUCAAUACAAAUAUCAAAAUCCUUCUUAAAUUUCUUGAGGAAAUAUUUAAAUAAUGACACCACCUUUAUUUUAUUGUACGAUAUUUGAGUGGAAACAUCCAACUCUGAAUGUAAUGGACAGCAUUUUAGCUGGCCUUCCAUUGCCGUACGCGCCUCCUACUCAUGAAGGCUCCGCCCUCACUGACAAGGCCUUUCGUUCUACGCAUGCGCAUAGAAGAUCUGUCUUCCUGUCAAAAGCUCUUGAACGUUACGUCAAUGAUGGCGGAGCUCCAUAAACGUCGUGUCGCACCGGGAGAGAGCAGCUCGUCCGCUGAGGGAGCAUCCCGGAGUUCAACAUCUGCCGACACCUCCCCUGUUUUGGUGAAACUCUUAGCGGCGGGGUUUUACGGUGUCAGCUCGUUUCUCAUCGUGGUCGUCAACAAAAGCGUCCUCACCAACUACAGAUUUCCAUCGUCAACAUGUGUUGGACUGGGCCAGAUGCUGGCCACGAUAGUGGUUCUAAGGACAGGGAAAAUGUUGGGUGUUAUAUCAUUUCCAGGCCUGGAUUCAACUAUACCUCGCAAGAUGUUUCCACUGCCUCUGUUGUAUGUUGGGAAUCAAAUAUCAGGGCUGUUUGGGACACAACGUCUCAACUUACCCAUGUUUACAGUCCUGAGGAGGUUCAGUAUUCUUCUUACUAUGGUGUUUGAGGGAUUCCUGCUGAAAAAGACGUUCUCUGCUUCCAUAAAGAUGACGGUGUUUACCAUGAUCUUUGGUGCUUUCAUUGCUGCUAGCGCCGACUUGGCUUUCGAUCUUGAAGGAUACAUAUUCAUAAUGCUGAAUAACCUUCUGACAGCAGCCAGUGGAGCUUACGUGAAGAAGAAACUUGACUCCAAGGAGCUGGGCAAAUAUGGCCUUUUGUAUUACAACGCUUUGAUCAUGAUUUUCCCAACUUUGGCAUAUGCUUACUACUCUGGAGACUUGCAAAUGGGUUGGGAGUACAACGGCUGGUCUGAUCACCUGUUUGUUAUCCAGUUUGUCCUCUCCUGUGUCAUGGGCUUUGUUUUAAUGUACUCCAUCAUGCUGUGCACACUGUGCAACUCUGCGCUCACCACCUCCAUCAUAGGUUGUAUUAAGAAUAUCCUUGUCACUUACAUCGGGAUGGUGUUUGGUGGAGACUACAUAUUCACUUGGACGAACUUCAUAGGUCUGAACAUCAGCAUUGCUGGGAGCCUGGUGUAUUCCUAUAUCACCUUUACACAGGAACAUAAAAGUAAGCACAGUUCAAAUAACUGAAAUUUGCAUCUGGUUUAUGUUUUUCUGAGGUUUGAGUAAUAGUUUGAAAUAAUCUGAAAUCUAGAGUGAAGCAGCAAAGUGAGAAACUCUUUCAGUUCUGGAUUUUAGUUGUUAGACAAAAAAAAAAUCAUCUGGUUCUUAGCAGGUUGUAAAAUAAGGUAAAAACAAGCGCAGAUAAAGGACAAUGUGUCAUGUCAUAGACUCUGUCUUUACCUAUUAAACUAAACUAAAUGUAGAAAAAGAAUAUGGAAAAACUAAGUACACCCUGACUGCUGCUACAUCAGUUAAGAAGGCAAAGGGGUGGGGAGAAUAAAUUUUCUUUACUUGUACUUUGUACAUGUUUUAUUGUUUGUGAGGAGAAAGAAAGCAGGAAGCCAGAUGCUGCUUAUCAAAUGAACAUGAUUAAUUGAUUAUAAUCAGUGUGAUCACAUCUAAAAACGCUCUGCAGCAUCCAGGUGUUUAACACAAUGCCAAGGAGGAAAGACAUCAGAAAUAAUCUUAGAGAAGCAAAUGUUGCUGCAAAUCAGUCCUGGUGGUCAUUUCUGAACUAUCUGGAGGUCAUAGUUAUACAGAGUAAAAGAUUAUUUAUAAGUGGAAAACAUUCAAAACAGCUGCCGGUCUUCCCAGGAGUGGAUGUCAUAAAAACUACAAAAACAAAAAAACAAGAGCUCCAUCUGAAGUGUGUCGAGGUUUCAGUUAGCAUGUUAAAUGUCAGCGUGUGACGGGACAGUUGGAAGAAGCUUAGAUUUGCAAAGCAUCAUGUUUGAGGAAAACUAAACACAGUUAUCUCAAACCAUCUGUACGGGAUAGAGGGCGUUUUAAAAUCUUUGAGUCAGUCAUAAACACUUCUGUAAAACGAAGUACUGCAGAGUCAAAUGUGAGGCAGGUAAAGCUUUGCUGAAACUGGGUCAUGCUUCAGGACAAUGAUCCCGAACAGCAGGCUGGAAAAGAAAAGAAUCAAGCACCUUUACCCUGUAAAGUUUACACCAUGUCAAAGCAAGAGAAAAUGUUUCUUUGCAUUUUUUCUUUUCCUUUAGACAAUAAUACAAAGAAUCAAAUGGUUGAAAUGACAGUUUAUAAUAUAGUAACAAUAGUGAAAUGAUCCAGAUUUGAUCUGGUAAUGGGAUCAUAAACACUUGCUUUUUGCAUCACAUACCCAAACCUAGUGGUAGAGAUGGUUCAGACAGGCUCAUUUCCAAAUAUUUUCAAUAAGAUUCUUAAGUCACUGAAAGAUUUGCUCCAUCAAAUGUUAGAGCAGGCAGUUUAAGGGUUAAAACCUCAAUGAAAUAAGGUUUACGGAAUUUGUUGGACUAAAAUUCCUCCUCAGCAUCAAACAGAAAAUGAUCACUUUGAGUUGCUGCUGUUAAAUUACAGGCGAGGGGUUCCACAUUUUGUCUUUGUUUUAGUUAAGUGUGAAGAUGAAAGAGUAAAAUUAUGCGUGUGGUUGCUCAUCGAAGGUUGAAUUUGCCUCAUUUUAAAACCUGGUCAGACCAGAUGAUUUUUAAAUGUCCUAAUUUAUAAAACCUUAUAAGUUAAAGUUUUUUCCCACUUUAAACAUGUUUUAUUUUUCAU